AUGGAAUACAUAUAUAUUUUAAGAAAAUUUCUUUUCUGUUAUUUUUCUGCGAUUCUUUUAGGAACUAAAUAUGAAAUUCCAAUAAGCAUAUCUGUGUAUGGUGAAAGUCAACAUUCAGAAGUAAAAUAUGUGAAUAUUUAUUCAAGAAUAUUAUCUGAAACAGAAGAAAAUCACAUUCCAUCAUUAAGAUGUCAUGAAUUAAAGUAUAAAUCAGAAGAUGAAAUAAAUCAAGAAAGUUGUAUGAAUCGUGAGAAAUUUAAAGAAUUUGAUAUUAAAGAAGAAAAUGAAGAAGUUCAAAUGGAUGAAUAUGAAGAGGAUGAGGAAGAAAUAUUUGAAGAAGAAGAAGAAGAAGAAUAUAUUGAUGAGAAAAGUGAAAAUUUUGACAAUAAUGAAGAUUUAAGUGAUCAGGAAUAUUUAAGUGAUAGGGAAGAUUUAAAUGAUAAGGAAUAUUUAAGUGAUAAGGAAUAUUUAAGUGAUAGGGAAGAUGUAAGUGAUAGGGAAUAUUUAAGUGAUAAGGAAUAUUUAAGUGAUAAGGAAUAUUUAAGUGAUAGGGAAGAUUUAAGAGAUAGGGAAGAUUUAAGAGAUAGGGAAGAUUUAAGUGAUAAAGAAAAUUUAAGUGAUCAAGAAAAUUUAAGUGAUCAAGAAGAUUUAAGUGAUCAAGAAGAUUUAAGUGAUCAAGAAGAUUUAAAUGAUAAAGAAGAUUUAAGUGAUAAAGAAGAUUUUAAUGAUAAGGAUGAUUUGGAUAAUAUGGAUGUUAUUAAUGAUAGGGAGCAUAAUAAUAAGGAAGAAUAUGAUAAUAAUGGAGAAGAGGAAAAUUUUAAGAGAGAGAAAUAUGAUAGAACAAUUAUUAAUAAUAUAUAUAAGGGUAAAUGGGAUGUGGGUGUAGAAAAUGAUCAGAAUAAAUGGAUAGAUGAAAAUAAUGAAUUAAUAGAUAAGUGCAAUUUGAUUAAAAAUUGUACAAAUGAGAAAUGGAUAGAUUGUGAAAAAAUUCAUGAAGAAUAUGAAAAAAAAAAAACUUACGAUGAUUCGAUGUGGGAAAUUAUUAAAAAGGACGAAUAUGAUAAGUGGGAUUUAGGACAUCAAAAUGAAGAAGAUAAAUGGGAAAUUAUAGAGAUAGAUGAGGAUACUAAUUCAAUUAUAGAAGAAGAACAUGAAGAUGAAUUAAAUAAUAUUGAAACAGAUGAUGAAAACAAAUGGGAUUCCUCACAAAAUGAAGGAGAUAAAUCUGAUUAUAUAGAAGAGAAAAAUGAUGGAGAACAACAAAAAAUCGAAGAAGAAAAAGAUGAUGAAAACGUUAUUUAUGAUAAAUGGGAUUUUAUAAAGAAUAAAGAAAAUAGAUGGGGUAUUUUGGAAAAUCAAAAAGAAAGAAUGAGUUUUUCAGAGAAAGAUGAAAAUAGACUUAAUUUAAUUGAAUUAUAUUUUGAUAAUGAUUAUAAUUAUGGAGAUAGAAAAGAUAAAAAUGAUGAUUUGAUAUUAAGUGAACCAGAAAAAUUACAUGUUAUGAAACAAGUGGAGGAAGAUAAUAAAAAUGAUGUUAUCGAAAUAAAUAAACAUAUUAAAAAAGACAUCGGAAUGUUUUAUCUGUACGAAGAAGAAUUGAAAAACGAAAAUGAUAAAGAAGAAUUGAUAAAUAACAGUGAUAAAAAUAGUAAUACAGAAGGUUAUGUACAAAUAAACAAAGAAAGUGAUAAACAAAUUAAUGAAGGAUAUUAUGAAAAAGAAAGAAAAUCAAAGAAAUUCGAAUUAGAAAGUGAUUAUAUUACAGAAUCAUCUGAAAAUAUUAUUAAAAAAAAAAAAGUUAAAAAAGAGGAUAGUAAUAAUAAUAAUAUUACUAUAAAGAAAAAUGAAGAUAUAGAUUAUAAUAUUUUUAUAAAAGAUUUAAAGGAAGACAAAGUUGACAAACUUUUUAAUGCUUUUGGAAGUUAUCCAUUAAAAAAUGAUAUCCUUGGUUUAUGGUGGGAAGCACUUGGAAUAAUUAAAUUAGGUUUUGAAUUAAUAACAAGAGAUUUUAAGAGUUAUAUGAAAACUUAUUUAGAUAAAUAUGAAUAUAAUCAUAGAAGAACAUAUGAAUAUCCUUUUAUAUGGAGUUAUAUUCAAUCAACCUGGGGAAGAUGCAUACUUAAUCUUGGAAUGGAAAUAGCUUCAGAACAAAAAGAAUUUUCUAGAAGUUUUUAUCAUUUACUUAAUAAAACAGCCAAUGUUGAGGAUAUUACAAAUUUUAUUUAUUCGGGGAUAUUGUAUUUUGAAAAACUAAGAAAGCGCUUAUUAUAUAAAUAUAAGCGUACCUUCCGUAGUAAAAUUAGGAAAUUACCUGAUAAUUUUUUAAACAUAAAAUUUUACCAAGGUAAACUUAUUUAG